GUAUCACUAAAUCAUAAACAAUUUUAAAUACAUAUUUUUCAUUACCGAAACUUAUAUCAAAUCGUUCAAAUGAUUUAACGAAAGAAUAAAAAACACUAUUUUAUUAAAUAUAAGUUAGUAAUUAUCGUGACAACUCGUAGUGGAUCACAUAAAUUACAAAGAGACUGAAAAAUGAAGAGCUUGAAGAAUAAAUAAAAUUAGUAAAUCAGGUUGGAUGAUCUUAAUUUACUUUAAAAUAUUCUUUUUUUUAAUUUUUAGUGGUUAAAAUAGUGGACCAGUUAAGUAGGGAUUGUUCACCUAAUUUUUAUGUCUAACCGUCAAAACUGUUCGGUCAAUUUCUAACCGUCCAAACAAAUAAUGAUAAUCGCUAUGGUAAUUGAUAUGUAGUUCCAGCGGUCUAGUCUCUCAUCCGUGUUCGAUUUUUACAAUACUGCUAUUAAUUAAGUAUUAACAUGUACAACACGCAUAAUUUGAAUUUGUGAAGUAUUGAUCACCCCCUGAAUUUUUUUUAUAGUUAUAAUUGUUCAUUCCCCUAUAAAUAAAUAAAAAUUGGUUGAUCGGGUAAAGGUGAUUGUGUCAAUAUACAGCUGGUAGAUAACCGAAUUGAAUCCCAGUAAUAGAACACAAAUCCCGGGAAAAACUUAAAAACAUGUAGAAAACACAAACUCGUAAUUAAAAACACACAAAAAAAAAACAUGCAAAUAAAAACAGAAUUCUUGUAAUUUCUGGAUCACCUUCUCAUAUAUUCCUACACGCGAACCAGGAACUGAGAAUUUUAGUUUUUAGAGGGGGAAGUUGAACCAAAUCAAAUGUAUUUUUAUUGGUUUUCGACUAUAAUAUUAUACCAACAAUUCUUAUUUUAGUUUUGGAAUAAAUUGGCACAAAAAAAAAAACAAAGAACAGAAAAGCCUGCUGAGCUUCCGCCGGGUUCUCUGCCUCUCACUGAACCACUGCAAAUUCUAUUUUGGUUCCCCCUCUGUAAUUCCAUCGUUUCAUAAAAACCCAAUUCUUUCUUUCUUUCUUUCUUUCUUUCUUUCUUCUGUUGGGUUAGUUUCUCUUCCCCCCGCGCUCCAUUUGCGUUCUUCUCCUUCGCCUAAAGUUGCCAGCUUUCUUCCCGUCUGUUCCAUUGCCAGCUCGCCCCCUUCACGGAAUUGUUUUUAUUCCUUUGAUUUCUUGGGGUAAAUAGCCAAAAAUCCCUCUGCUUCUUAAUCGUCUCUGCUCCUUUUCUUUGCUUCUUGGGUUUCUGAAACAGAGAUUCCCGUUUUUACCUGCUCAAUUGGGUUUCUCUGGGUAUCUUUCUUUCCCUCUCGCUGUACGGUUAAUCGGUUAUAUAAUACGGAGGGGUGUGUUGUGUGUUCUUAGGAAACCCAGAGAGUGAAACGUCAAUAGAGAACGGAAGAGAACGGAAAAGGGGAGGUGAAAGUUAGCCGAGGAAUCUGUUUCGUCGUCGUUGUUGUCGCCAUUUCGUUUCUGCCUCUGACUCGCUGGUCUGCGGAUCCCUUUUAUCCGGCUGGAAAAGGGUCUGCAGAUCGGGAAAAUGUUUGAUAGCUUGACCAAAUCCAAAUUCUACACAAAAUGCAAGUCAUUGACAAAAAUGACCAAGGUGAGGCUGGACGCCACCAGGAAGAAGAAGAACGCCGUCGCCAAAUACCUCAAGAACGACAUCGCCGACCUUCUCAGGACUGGCCUUGAUUCCAAUGCUUAUGGCAGAGCUGAUGGGCUAAUAGUUGAGCAAAAUAUGAUAGCUGCUUACAAGCUAAUGGAAGAAUUCUGCGAAUGCAUUUUAACCAAUCUUGCAUCAUUGGACAAACAAAAGGAAUGCCCCAAGGAAUGCAGAGAGGCUAUACAAUCUCUGAUGUAUGCUGCAGCAUGGUUGGCAGAGUUCCCAGAACUCCGUGAUCUUCGUUCUCUUUUCGCACAGAGAUAUGGUGAUUAUCUUGAAUUGUUCCUUAACAAAGAGUUUUCUGAGCUGCUGAAUCCAAGGCCUGCUUCUAAGGAGAUGAAGCUUCAGCUGCUUCGUGACGUCGCACAAGAAUUUUCAAUCAAAUGGGAUUCGAAGUUCUUAGAACAGAAGCUCUUUAGACCUCCCCAUUCUCCUUCUUUCCACAGACAUGAAGGAGCUACCCAUACUGCUCAAGACGUUGGCCAUAAAGUGAAGAGCAACGAUGCUCCUAGUCCUAGGAAAGACCAAGAUAUUCACCGUGAAAGCAAAAAUAGGCAUCGGGAGGACGGCAAGAGAAACAACCAUGGAUCGACAGCAACAGCAGAAGUUGCAAGUUCUCCUAGCAGGAAGGAUGUGGUUGAUGGUUAUAGGCACAACAGGCCGCAUAUUAGCGAGAGUGAGAGCACCAGAGAUCAAGAUAUACACCGUGAGCGCAAAUAUAAACACAAAGAGGUUGGCACGAGGGAAAGCCAUGGUUCAGCAGCAGCAAAAGCAGAAGUUGCAGGUUCUCCUAGAAGGAAGGAUGCGGUUGAUGAUAGGCACAACAGAUUGCGUAUUAACAGCCAGAGUGAUAGCACCACAGACCAAGAUAGCUCGAAGCAGCCUAGUUCAACCACAAUUGGAACCUCUACUACUAGUGCUUCUGAGGAGGAAGUGGACAGCAGCAAGAAGCCCUACUACAGGUUUAUCGCUCCACCUUAUGUCAGGUCUCGGGUUGAGAAGAAGGAAGAUGUCAAGAUCGCUGAAGGGUCUCCAAAUUCGACUUCUACAGCUGCUGGUGGUGGUGAUAAAGAGAGUGAUGCACAAACUACGAAGCCAAGAUCGGUUCGAAGAAGGCAGCAGAUGAAGCAGUUGGUUGUUGGUGAUGACAGUGUGGAGAGUCCAUUGAAGCUGCCACCAGAAGAGGAAGAAGAGGAGAGGAAGUUGGAUGAAUUGUUGAUGAAGCACAGCAAGAAGAGGGCAAGUUAUGAAAUGGGUAGCAGCAACAACAACAAUAUGAAGAGUAAUAAUAAGCUGAAGCCUCUUUCAUGGCGAUCGAGGGAUGAGAGUGGCAAGAAUGGAGCUCCCGGUUCAGCACCACCGUUUUCUUCACUUGGCAAGUCAGCAUCUUCUACCACUGCCGACGAUUCAGCAGCUGCAGCAAGUAGUUCAAGCGGUGGGGGAAUGGGAGGAAGGCAUGGAAGGUCUCUAUCGGCUGAGUCAUCGGCAGAUGUUUGUAAAUCAAAACAUGUGCACCCUAAUCUACCUGACUAUGAUCUGCUGGCUGCUCGGAUUGCAGCUUUCAUGAGAAAGUGACGAAGAAACUUGCAAGGUUAAAAUGAAUGAAGAUAUUGGAG